CCUCACACUGGGGCAAGUAGCUUUGAUGUGUCAUAAUAAGUAGAUGCGUCAUAUGCAAAGGAAAGAGCUAGAAUAGUGGUCAAGAGAAUGCCUACUAGAUAAAAAAGCGGUCUGCGCAUUACUUUUCAGCCCCUUCAUACCCUCCCUUUACGAUCACAAGUCAACCGAUUGGAUGGAUCCAGAAUCAUCAUGACCCCGACGGAUGCACUCUCAAAUGACCUGGAAAAGCUUCACCUGGGAAAGCUUCGUUCCGCAAAUGGCAAACCUGAGGCUGGAGUAGGUGGUGAUGUGGACUCAGAAAACCCAUCAGCCUGUUCGACAGCACUGAAAACCAUCGACGACCUGGUCAACCGCUGCAGGACGCUACAUGACGAGGUGGAAACGUACGUUGCCGCAGUGGAGGAAAAACAGAAACAGUCCAAAACCCAUCACCCAGUCGAGUAUCGCAGUCUGAGAAACGACUUCAAGAAUGAGCUUGCUUUCCUGCAGAAGCUGACCACCUCGAAUCUAUCCGAAGAAAAAGCCAAGCACUACAUCGUCUCUUCGAACCUCGUCUAUUACGAAGCGUUAUGGGAUGCUGCGAAACGAUCGUCAGGCUUGCUAGCGUUUCGGAAAUAUUUCUUCUGGAACCGACGGGAAGAGGGGCAUAGGCCCAAGGGGCUUAGUCUUGCCAAAGGCGGGCAAACAAAGGGGAAAAGCUCGGCCCUGGUGGAUAUUGUCGCUGGCGAUGGGUUGGAAUGGAUACGCGUGUCGACAUGCUCCGAGAAGCGAUUGAUAUUCGAGCUUGCAAAGUUGGGAUGGCAGAACGACUCAGAUUCGGAUGAGGAAAUGCCUAAUGCCUCCUCAGAGGACAACUGGGAGGAUGAGGACGAUGAAGACCAGGUCGACAUUGUGAAGAAUGCUCGCGAACUGGCUCGAGCUGCUCGUGCGAAUCCGAUACGAGGUCGACCGCCACAAGUCCGCAUCAUCCUGACGCGGAUAUCGUCCGGCCACACGAAGGAAAUCGACGCCGUCCUCCAGAAGAUUCGUGCAACAGGUUCUAUCGUGCAAUGCGCAAACGACAUCUUCGCGCCCCCUCCGCUCCCAGAGGUCCUUCCAAGACUCAUUGUCGACCAUUCUCGCGACUUAUCGGAGACGCUGAACAUCGAUUGCACCAUUCUCCUAGCUCUGAUUUCCGACAUCUCGCAUAGAGACUGUCCGAUAUUGGACUGGUAUCCUGGAGAAGUUCGUGCUCAGAUAUUGGAGGAGCAGAAGGAGAAGCUACUGCCAACUCAUCUUUAUCCUGCAAUAGGCGCACAUCCCAUGGUGUGCACCCAGCAGGCUGCUGAUCAGAUGAAUCUCAUUGUGGAUACCCUAGCCACAGACACAGAAAAGGAGCGCGCAAACCUACUACUCUCGCAAGGGAACCAUACGAGUACUCCGAAUGAAGAGCUCGUACGAUUAUGGUCCGCUACUUCAAAUCACCCAGUUCCUGAAGGGUUUACCCUUCCAAUACGCGUGGUGCCAGGCAUCGUUGACCGUCAGCAGCUACCCAAGGUUGCCGAGAAGAUAGCCGAAGAGCUGUCUCCUCUGAACCAAGCCAUCUUCUUCUACGGCUGGGCAAACGGCCUGACGACUCUGAGUUCGAAUCGCGUUCGCGCACGGCAGAUUGACUCCAUCAUCAAUGAGUUUGGGCUGGAGGAUGGCGAGGCAGGGCCGCAUAUCUGGUUAUGCGGAGAGAGCCGCAGCUUGAUUGCAAAACAAGGCAGGAGGAAAUAGUGAAUAGAGCCUACCCUCAAGUCUCAUAACGUUUGCAAACACCUUUGGAGCUAUUCAUAUACUAGGAACAUUACACAGGCCUUUGUCGGUGUUAGUUAUCAGCAUUACCCGCGCAACGGAUCUUAACACAUUCCCAGAAGCUUGCAAGCGUUGUGCGACUGUAAACAAGAGACGUGCUACGGAGUACAAAAGAGUGGGCUUGGUUUGUCAGACUUGUCACGGCCAUGGAAGGAUCCCUGCGAAUUAUCGGAACCAAAAGUUACCACUGUAUGUCGAACUAGGCCAAAGACGGGGGGAUAUGGUCGUUUGUUGUUGGCGUUCUACCAGAGGCUGGCAGAAGUGAACAUUGGAGUGAAUAAACCCCGUGCGUUACUGGAGUUAUGGGAGUGGCGACAACAAUUACGACCUUGAAGGCAUACACGUCUCCACAGGGAU